CAUGCUCCCCUGCAGAAAGCUCUCUAUGAUUAAUAGCCCAUUGUAAAGUCCCACCCUAAUGAACAAAGGCAUUAAUCCACUGCCUCUCGAUAUGUCAGCGAAAGUUCAACUACCUAGUGUAAACCUACAUUAUCUCCUUUCGUCUGUAACAGCCCUAUGUAGUGGGUAUUAUUACUCCAUUUCGUAGAUGGGGGGAAAUGUAAUUAGGUACUUUGCUCAAAAGCAGACUCAGAGAAUGAGCCCCUGUCGGUGUGACUCCAAAUACCAUUCUUUACUAAGCCCACUGCUUUUCAAUUGGGAAUUGACAAAGUUCGGGAAAGUGUGCGUGUAAAAUGGUCAAGAAGUCUGCGAGGUAGGUAAGGGUUUGCAUUUGGCUUAUUGAACUUAAACGAGGAUACCAGAUAUGGUGUCCGAAAGGGCAGAGCCCUGGAGGCUGGAUCCUGCACCAGGUGUUUGCCCCAAUCAGAAGACCCUUCUGCCUGCAAAGAAUAUCUACCAAGAGCCCCAUCCAUCCUUCGGGAAGGGGAAGUAGCAAGUUUUGUUUGACAGGUAAGUUGAGCCCCACCAAGCCGGAAGGAAAACUAAGGCAGGCGCCAGGGUCUAAAGCCUCAAAGCAUUCGCAUAAAUACAAAUGCUCGGAAACUCAGGCGCAGACAAGGGAAUGGGGACGUUUUCCUUGAGAACACGCUUGGUAAAACGCACACCCCUCGAAACUCCCAUUAGCUGUUGCUUUAAGAAGCGCUAUGCUUCGGUGUCACGUGACCCCUGGCGCCCAGAGUCUUUACCACAGCCAUCACAGCGGCCAAUCGCGUGGCGGGAAGCCUCUCGGAGGGCGGGAACUUCUCGAGGCGCUCAUGGAUUGGCUGUGUUCGGGGAGGGCGGGGCCUGGGUUCCGAGCGAGGGAAUUAGUGAGACCAGGGUGAGUCGGGGCCGCAGCCACCGCCAGUGUCGUCUCGAUAUCCGCUUUCGCCCGUGCCGAAGCCCUCAGCAAGUGUUUAUUGAGGGCGUGUUAUGUGCUGACACCGUGCCUGACGCUGGGGAUGCAAAGCUCCAUCGGGGCCAUGUCGGAGCGAGAAGAGCGGCGGUUUGUGGAGAUCCCUCGGGAGUCCGUCCGGCUCAUGGCGGAGAGCACAGGCCUGGAGUUGAGCGACGAGGUGGCGGCCCUGCUGGCAGAGGACGUGUGCUACCGUCUCAGGGAGGCCACCCAGAAUAGCUCUCAAUUCAUGAAACACACCAAGCGGCGGAAGCUGACCGUCGAGGAUUUCAACAGGGCCCUCAGGUGGAGCAGUGUGGAGGCUGUGUGUGGCUACGGAUCCCAGGAGGCCCUGCCCCUGCGCCCCGCCAGGGAGGGCGAGCUCUACUUCCCUGAGGACCGAGAGGUGAACCUGGUGGAUCUGGCCUUGGCCACCAACAUCCCCAAAGGCUGUGCCGAGACGGCUGUGAGAGUUCAUGUCUCCUACCUGGAUGGCAAAGGGAACCUGGCCCCUCAAGGAUCAGUGCCCAGUGCUGUGUCCUCGCUGACCGAUGACCUUCUCAAGUACUAUCAGCAAGUGACUCGGGCUGUGCUGGGGGAUGAUCCACAGCUGAUGAAGAUUGCUCUACAGGACCUUCAGACUAACUCCAAGAUUGCGGCCCUCCUGCCUUACUUUGUUUAUGUGGUCAGCGGGGUGAAGUCUGUGAGCCAUGACCUGGAGCAGCUGCACCGGCUCUUGCAAGUGGCACGGAGCCUGGUUCGGAACCCACACCUCUGCCUGGGGCCCUAUGUUCGCUCCCUGGUGGGCAGUGUCCUCUACUGUGUCCUGGAGCCCCUGGCCGCCUCCAUCAACCCCCUGAAUGACCACUGGACUCUGCGUGAUGGUGCUGCUCUCCUGCUCAGCCACAUCUUCUGGACUCAUGGGGACCUUGUAAGUGGGCUCUAUCAGCAGAUCCUACUCUCCCUGCAGAAAGUCUUGGCGGACCCUGUGAGGCCUCUCUGCUCUCACUACGGGGCUGUGGUGGGGCUGCAUGCCCUCGGCUGGAAGGCUGUAGAGCGAGUCCUGUACCCUCACCUUUCCACUUACUGGACAAAUCUGCAGGCUGUGCUAGAUGAUUAUUCGGUAUCUAAUGCCCAGGUUAAAGCAGAUGGGCACAAAGUCUAUGGAGCCAUUCUGGUGGCAGUGGAGCGACUGCUGAAGAUGAAGGCCCAGGCAGCAGAGCCUAACAAGGGUGGGCCAGGCACCAGGGGGUGCCGGCGCUCAGACGACCUGCCCUGGGACAGCCUUCUCCUGCAGGAGUCUCCUUCCGGGGGCAGCGCAGAGCCAGGCUUUGGGUCUGGUCUCCCACUGCCUCCUGGAGGCGCAGGGCCGGAGGAUCCUUCCCCUUCGGUGACCUUGGCGGACAUCUACCGGGAGCUCUAUGCCUUCUUCGGUGACAGCUUGGCCACCCGCUUUGGCACGGGUCAGGCCGCGCCCACGGCCCCGCGGCCACCCGGAGACAAGAAGGAGCCGGCGGCAGCCCCGGACUCGGUGCGUAAGAUGCCGCAGCUGACGGCCAAUGCCAUGGUUAGCCCGCAGGGCGACGAGAGCCCCCGGGGUAGCGGCCCCGCAUCAGCCUCUGCCCCUGCCGCCUCUGAGAGCAGGCCGCUGCCGCGCGUGCACCGGGCGCGGGGAGCGCCCCGACAGCAGGGCCCGGGGACCGGCACCCGGGACGUCUUCCAGAAGAGCCGUUUCGCCCCGCGUGGCGCUCCUCACUUCCGUUUCAUCAUCGCUGGGCGGCAGGCCGGGAGGCGAUGCCGCGGGCGCCUCUUCCAGACCGCCUUCCCCGCGCCCUAUGGGCCCAGCCCGGCCUCCCGCUACGUGCAGAAGCUGCCCAUGAUCGGCCGCACCAGCCGCCCUGCCCGCCGGUGGGCGCUCUCGGACUACUCGUUGUACCUGCCCCUUUGAGGCGGCGCUCGACCUCCCCUCUGUGAAUAAAUCCCGCGCCCGGAA